AUGCACCAUCAGUGCUGCCAUGUGCUGCCAAAACCAAAUCCUGAGUUCAAUCGACUAAGGGCCCUGGACUCUGAAUUGCGGGCACACGUGAAGGGCAACGAUCCCUCCUUUGACAUCAACAAGUUGGCGUUUUUUGCAGAGGCCACAGGAACAGUUCAAGAGGGGCACAUUUUGGAGGCACAAAAUGCUGUUGCCAACGCGCGGAAAAGCUCCCUACAAGCUGGAUUCAACCUCUUCCGGACUUCGCUGGGCAACGACCAAGUACUUCAUGAACGGCACUUGGCAGCUUCAAAGACAGAUGAGGCAAAAGCCCGCAGUGCAGUUCUGGGUUCUUUAGAGGCAGAUGGGGAAAGAGAGAAGACCAUCAGUGCUAUUUCAGCAAAGGUGGUUCCAUGGGUUCAAAGCACUCUGAUGAACUGCGCAAGUGGGGUGCGAAGAUCAGAGUCAGAGCGGAUCAUCGCAUGGUGCAAUUGCGUGACUGCGGGGGUGCUUUCAGCUGGGAAAACGGAGUUCGCUGUGAACACCAUCACGUCCAUGGCUCACAGCAAUCCACGUCAGUUCGUGGCAGUGGUGGUGCUUCCCAACCGAUCGGGUGACCUCAGACUUCCGACCAAGCAAGAAAAGCAGGAGGAAGACGAUGACAAUGACUUUGAGGUCAAAGAGUUAGGAUCGAUGGACGCUCACAUGGUAACAGUCGAGGAUGAGGAUGACGAGGAUGACAAAAAACAGGAUUCGGCUGAGUUAGUGCUGCAUGAGUUUGUGUACAAGCUCAAAAGCUACUUCUUGGAAUCUGAGAGAGCUCUGCGUGUGCGCAACUGCAGCAUGGUCUUUGAUGAGAACACAGUGUAUGGAAACCGUGCUGGGGUCCAUCAGUGUUUGCUGGUGACAUCCAACGACAAGAACAACGUCUUCUUGAAGAGCAAAGCUUGGAAGACUGGGGUUGUUCAGGGUGCAGCCAUGCUUCCGAGAGCAGACAUGCUGAAGGUGGAGCGAUGCAGCAAAGGCUUCGCCUCAGAAGCCCGUCUCACGAGAGUCCAGGAGCUCAAGCAGCACAUGGCCGGGAUCAGCGUUGUGGAAAAGAUCAUUGGUUCCCUCACCGAUCCUUCGGACAACUACAACAUUGUGGUGGACCUCUUGGGGUUUGAUGGGUGGACGGCAGCAUUCGCCCUGAAUGAGCUCUGCAAGGGGAACAAGUGGGCUACAGGGACUGUGUGCCAUUGCCUUCACGAAACCUCGUUCGUGGCUGAAAUCACCAGCAACAAGAUCUUUUCCCUGGGUCGAGAAGGAACGCUGAAAAUCCCAGGCUUUCCCAACUUCAAGGCAGUGCUGACUGAGUUGCGGAAGUCUUCUGUGACAACAGCCAAGCCAGAAUAUUCGAUCUGCACUCCGUUACCUGAUGGGGGCUUGGUGAUCAAAUCAGCUUUGAUCGACCUUUGGACGAUCAAGAAUGAGGGGUUCAAAGACGAAGCAGAACAGCUGAUUCGAGAUCACAACAAUCGCUUCAAUCCUCGUGGUGUGAAGAGGGGGGAGCCGAGCAAUGCUGAGAAUGAGGCACGGGAGGAGCCUGAAAGGAAACGGCUCUGCAUUGAAAAGGCUAUGAAUCUCUCUGAUGAGUCACUGCUGGAAGACAAGCUCCCCAGCACAACUUAG